AGCACUGGCAAAACAAGAGUGGUAAGUGACGAUCACAUUCACUUGCGCGAGCGACUAUUCCGCAGUCGUGCACCGUGAAUCGAGCCCGCCGCUUCCUUUUUUAAACGUGAUAUUUUUUUGAAUAUUGUGUGUGUUGCCAGUUACCGUGACAGGACUUAUUUUUUAACAAAUUCAACAUGGCUGACAGGCAUUGGACGAGUUUGGCUGUACUCCUGACUAUAUUGGCUCUAACGUCCAGCGCGCAAGUCGAAGACCCGUGCAAGACAAAGUCGCGUGUUGUCGCUGACGACAAGUACUGCGACAAAUACUGGGAGUGCGACAACGGCCAGUCAAUACAAUACGACUGCCCCAACGGAUUGGUCUUCGCCGGGAAGCAUCGUGGAGUCACAGAAGGCUGCGACUAUCCGUGGCGGUCUAACUAUUGUGAAUAUCCUAAAGUGCAAAUAAAUCCGCCAAUCGGAACGGAGCAUUGUGAUUGGCUGUACGGCAUCUUCGGCCACGAGACCUCCUGCACCAGAUACUGGACAUGCUGGAAUGGAACCGCCACCGAACAGCUGUGCAUCGGAGGCCUGCUGUACAAUGAGAACGCACACUCCUGCGACUGGCCGGAAAAUGUUGACGGGUGUCAGAAGCAUCCGCUGUGCAAUGAAGACCCCAACGGCAAUGUUCCACUCGGCAAGUCCUGCAACCGUUACUGGCAAUGUCAGGGCGGGUACCCUCGCCUGCAGAGGUGCCCCGCCAUGUUGGUGUUCGACAGGAGGUCCCUGAGGUGUGUGGUGCCUCCCACUGAGGACUGUGACAUCCCUACCACCACGCCACCCCCACCGGAAGAAGAGGAGAAUAGACCGGUUCGUUACCCACAAGGUCUUCGACCAGGGGUCAUCAUGUAUCGGGAAGCAAAAAGACGCACCAAACCAGUCAAAGCGACCGGCGCAAGCACAGGACUACCAAGAAGCUCAGCCUGGGCGUCCACGGCCUAGAAACUAACUUAUCAUGUAUUCUAGAAUGUUCUAGAUCUUUCUUUUAACUUUCACAUUCUUGGGAAACUAUUCCUUUCUGAUUGGUCAGUCAAAACCCCCUUCCCACCAUGUGAAUUGUUUCUAAGCUCCCUAUUGAUAUCGUGGUAUGUUUAUAUGUGAAAAUGGAUACAAUUCUGAAUGAUAUUUGUUAUUUUAAUUCCUUUUAACUGUAAAGCAGGAACCAAGGGGUUUUUUAUUGUGUUAUCAGCUCAGUAGGUUGAAAUGUAUUUAUAACAAGAAAAUAUUUUCUUUUUCUACAAUUUCGUCUAAACAUUCAUUACCGAAUGUAAUAUUGUGUUAUUAUGGAGCAGAAUAACUUUUCCUUCAGCUUAUAGUUAUUGAUUCUUAAAAACUAAUAAUACACUUAACAUUCUAACUAUAAAAAAUAAGCGACUAGUAUAUUUUCUUUCAAGUUAUUCAUGUAUUUUCCAACACAUUUCUUUGAGGCUGAGAAAAAUUCUUACAAAAAUCAACAUCUAAACAUGUCACAUCAACGGGGCUCAUAAGUGUAGAAGUAUUAUACUUCAUUAAGUUUAUUUAGAACUAUAUUUAGUCAUGUAACUAGUUUGUACUCAUAAUUGUAAAGUACUUAUUUCUAGAAUAAAUACUCAAAUGAAUCGAAAAUUAUUAUCCAUUGAAACUGUGAUGAAUAAGAUGAUGAAUUUUUCCAACAAAUGCGAUAGUAAGUUUGUUUGUUGUGUCUUCAGAGUAAUCAAAUGUACCAACCAUGUUGAAAUUUUGCGUGUAUUUAAUUAAAAGACUGGAGAAGGUCAUGGGGUACUUCUCAUCCUAGUAAAAAAAAAUAUAAUUCCCGUGGCAUUUGUGAAAAUCUGCUUAGUAUUCUUUUAUGUACCUAGGUGGCGUUGAAAUUCGCGUGUAAUAAUAUAUAUAAUACAAUAUGUACGGCCACAACUUCUUAUAAACAUAGUACCUACAAAAUCAUGUUUAUCAGAAACCAAAUAAAUCACUACAACGUCAAUGCACUUAUAAUUCCAGGCAGUAGCCUAAAACCAUUUUAACUUUGGCAAUUUCGAGUUCCCGAUACAAAUUUUCAAUCGAAAUGUCGUUACGUUACUUCGAAGGGUGUUUCAGAGUAAGACCCCAGUUUCAUGUUUGCUAUCACAUGUUUUUAACCAACCAAAAUCAUUUAUUUUUAAGCACCAUUUAUAUUGGCUUUUGAUAACAGAACUCCGUUUGAUUAGGAAUCUGAAUUAAUUUUCUUCAAUAAAUUGACAAUAUUUAUAGCAUAAGGUUUUUAAAUAUAGUAAAUAUUUUUUGAUGUA